AUGAAGUUUGCAGAGUUGCGAGCGAAUAUAACAGUACAGUUGGAUGGUGUGGAGAAAACCAGUGAACUUCCAAUGACUGGUGCAGACUUUCAACCAAGGCUUGUACGCAGCAACAACCAUGUAUCUGAGGAUUUGGAAAUAAGGGUACAAGCGAUGUCUUCGAGAUCGUUGGUGCAGGCAGGUCGGACGGCCACGGCCCGCCUGCUGAGGUCUAACAUCCAGAGGAUUGUUCUUCCUGCUGCUGCCACUGUCCGUCAUAGCUCAACAACAACAGACAAGAGAGGUGUUCAUUCUUCAGUCGUCGCACAGGCACAAGCACAAGCUCAUGCUGACAAGAACAUAGCAAAGGCUGCGAGCUCUGGAUCCAAGGGUAAAAUCGUCGCUGUUAUUGGUGCUGUUGUCGACGUCCAGUUCGACGAGAAUCUGCCACCAAUUCUUAACGGCCUUGAAGUCACAGGACGCUCACCCCGUUUGAUUCUCGAGGUCUCCCAACAUCUUGGAGACAAUGUUGUUCGCUGCAUUGCUAUGGAUGGAACUGAGGGUCUUGUCCGUGGUCAGGAAGUUGUUGACACUGGAGAUCCAAUCAAGAUUCCCGUGGGCCCAGAAACUCUUGGACGUAUUAUGAACGUCAUCGGAGAGCCGAUCGAUGAACGAGGCCCUAUUCCUGCAAAGCAUCGUGCUCCGAUCCAUGCCGAAGCCCCAGAAUUUGUUGAGAUGUCUGUAGAACAGGAGAUUCUUGUAACUGGAAUCAAGGUCGUCGACCUACUUGCACCUUACGCGAAGGGAGGAAAGAUUGGUCUGUUCGGUGGUGCUGGAGUAGGAAAGACUGUACUCAUUAUGGAGCUGAUCAACAACGUUGCCAAAGCUCACGGAGGUUACUCGGUGUUCGCUGGUGUCGGUGAACGUACCCGUGAGGGUAACGACCUCUACCACGAGAUGAUUGAAGGAGGAGUUAUUGAUCUCAAGGGAAACAACUCUAAAGUAUCUCUGGUGUACGGACAAAUGAACGAACCUCCUGGUGCUCGUGCCCGUGUUUGCUUGACUGGAUUGACAGUUGCCGAGUACUUCCGUGACAAGGAAGGACAAGACGUGCUUCUCUUCAUCGACAACAUUUUCCGUUUCACACAGGCCGGUUCGGAAGUGUCUGCUCUUCUCGGACGUAUUCCUUCUGCUGUCGGUUAUCAACCCACCCUGGCCACUGAUAUGGGUAGCAUGCAGGAGCGUAUUACCACCACCACCAAAGGAUCCAUUACAUCCGUUCAAGCCAUCUACGUACCUGCUGAUGAUUUGACUGAUCCCGCACCCGCCACCACUUUCGCUCACUUGGACGCCACUACUGUGUUGUCUCGUGGUAUAGCCGAAUUGGCCAUCUACCCCGCUGUCGACCCUCUCGACUCGACUUCACGUAUUAUGGACCCUAACAUCGUCGGCCAAAAACACUAUGACAUUGCGCGUGGUGUGCAGAAGAUUCUUCAGGAUUACAAAUCUCUCCAAGACAUCAUCGCUAUCCUUGGUAUGGAUGAAUUGUCAGAGGACGACAAAUUGACGGUAUCCCGUGCUCGAAAGAUCCAACGUUUCCUCUCCCAACCAUUCCAAGUCGCUGAAGUCUUCACUGGUCAUGCCGGAAAAUUUGUAUCACUUGAAGAGACAAUCCGUGGAUUCGAAAUGAUCUUGAAAGGAGAGCUUGAUCAUCUACCAGAGGUUGCUUUCUACAUGCAAGGAGGUAUUGACGAUGUGUUUGCGAAGGCAGAAGAACUUGCUAAACAACAUAGCACCUAG